AGGUACACACACAGAGAGAGAGAGAGAGAGAGAGAGAGAGAGAGAGAGAGAGAGAGAGAUGGCAGCCAUUGUUGUUGUGGCUCUGCUGCUCACAGCUCAUGUUAUCGGAGCCUCGGCCUCUCCAUCAGUCAUUAUCGUCGGCGCCGGCUUGUCCGGGAUCUCGGCGGCAAAAACCCUAUCGGAUGCCGGGAUAAAGGACAUCCUCAUCCUCGAGGCCACAGACCACAUUGGUGGCCGCAUUCACAAGACCAAAUUCGCAGGGCUCAACGUGGAGCUGGGAGCCAACUGGGUAGAAGGGGUCAAUGGCAACAUGAUGAAUCCCAUAUGGGAAAUGGUUAACAAGCUCCAACUGAAGACCUUCUACUCAGACUAUAAUAACCUCUCCUCCAACACUUACAUGCAAGGUGGUCGGCUACACAAAGCCUCCGUAGUGCAGGAGGCCAUUGAUCUCUCUGAGAAAGUCGACGAAUCCGGAGAGAAACUAUCCAAGUCAUUAGCUCCCAGCGGGCAAGAAGACAUCUCCGUCUUGACAUACCAACGCCUCAAGAACCACGUUCCUUCGUCGCCUUUGGAGAUGGCACUAGAUUACUACCUUCAUGACUACGAGUUUGCAGAGCCUCCGCGAGUGACGAGCCUGCAAAACACCGUGCCUCUGCGCACAUUUGCCGACUUUGGCGACGACCUCUAUUUCGUGGGAGACCAAAGGGGCUACGAGACUGUGGUGUACGAUGUGGCUAAACAGUUCCUCAAGACCAACAGCAAUGGCUCCAUCGUGGAUCCUCGGCUCCUGUUAAACAAGGUGGUAAGGCACAUCCUUUAUUCGAAUGGAGGUGUGACUGUCAUUACAGAGGAUGGCAUGAGUUAUAAAGCAGCAUAUGUGAUGGUUUCUGUUAGCAUUGGCGUCCUCCAAACAAAACUCAUCGAUUUCAAGCCAGUCUUACCUCGAUGGAAAAUCCUAGCAAUAUACCAGUUUGACAUGGCUGUUUACACCAAAAUCUUCCUUAAGUUCCCUUACAAAUUCUGGCCUGAAGGGAAUGGGACAGAGUUCUUCAUUUACACCAGUGAAAGAAGGGGAUAUUAUCCAAUAUGGCAGCAAUUUGAAAAGCAAUACCCAGGAGCCAAUGUCCUCAUGGUUACAGUCACAGACGACGAAUCUAGAAGGAUAGAGCAACAAAAAGACUCCGAGACAAAGGCAGAAGUCAUGGAAGUUCUUAGAGAAAUGUUUGGUAGAAACAUACCAGAGGCAACUGACAUACUUGUUCCUAGAUGGUGGUCCAAUAGGUUUUACAAGGGUAGCUUCUCUAACUGGCCAAUUGGAGUAAACCGAUAUGAGUACGAUCAGAUUAGGGCACCUGUUGGAAGAGUUUACUUCACCGGGGAGCACACGAGUGAGCAUUACAAUGGUUAUGUCCAUGGUGCCUACCUUUCAGGCAUCGAUUCUGCAAACAUGGUGAUUAAAUGUAUCAAGAAUAAAAUGUGCAAGGUCCAAAUCAAAGCCAAGGAUGCAUAAGUUCAGAUUUGAGUAGUACGGGGGUGCAAAUUGGCUUCAAAGAAAAAGUGGAUAUAUGUCUCUCUAGUCACUUAGGUGCUGUUGUUGUCUCUUAGUUUACCUAUGUAUGCUUUCUUGAGAACAAUGUUUGCUAUCUUUUACUUUCUUUAUUUUCUCAAAUAAUGGAGGGUGCAUCAACAAUUUCAAAUGAAAGAAGAGAGGACUACCCAUAUUGAAUACUCAAGUCAACACCCUCAAAGUUCAAGCAUGGAAUUUUCUGAAUUUGGUUAAGGGUUUCAACAACUAUGCUACAGCUCAAUUGUAAUCGUAUGUUUCCCAUCAAUUGUUUAUGGAGCAAACAAUGAGUCGUAUGAUAUGAAUUAAUUCUGCUACUAAUAAGUCCAUGUUUAAGAGGACAUAAUGGAGAAACUUUAUUUGUUCA